GCCGGGGCGGCGGCGCUGGGCAGCGGGACCCGCCGGGGAUGGGGCCGGGGCCGGGGUCCCCGGACACGAUGCUGCUCGGCAGGAAGCUGGAGGGGCCGCUCGGAGCGGGCAGGUUUGGAGAUGGAUUAUAUGACUCCUAUAUGAGGAUAGAUGAUUUAAGAUAUCAAGAGCCUUCAAAUGAAGAACGCAGCGCCUCUGGACCCGCUUCCCUUCCAAGACCUCAAGUUUCCAUCAACAAACUCAUGAUGAAGGAUCACUCUCUGCCUGGAAAUCAGGUCAAAGUGGAGCAGUUAUUUGAGGACUCUGGCAACAAAAGGAGCAGUUCUCUUCAGUGUGCAGGAGUUUCUGGUUUAGAAAGACCUCUCCCUUCCUUGUCAAAAGAUAAAAUCCUAGACAACAUAAGCUCUUCUAAAACUGGUGGCAGAGGACUGAAAUGCCUUUCCCAAGCUCCGGAGCAAGCUGUCAAACAGUACAGGCACCAGCUAUCUGCUUAUGAGCAGCAAGAGAUAUUUAAUUUUUCUGAGAUUUACUUUGUGGGUCCAGCUGCAAAAAAGAGACAAGGAGUCAUCGGCGGCCCCAACAACGGCGGCUACGAUGACGACCAAGGCAGCUACAUCCACGUGCCCCAUGACCACCUUGCCUACAGGUAUGAAGUGCUCAAAAUCAUUGGCAAGGGCAGUUUUGGACAAGUUGCCAAAGUGUACGAUCACAAACUCCACCAACACUUGGCCUUAAAGAUGGUCCGCAACGAGAAGAGGUUCCAUCGCCAAGCGGCAGAGGAGAUCCGGAUCCUGGAGCACCUGAAGAAGCAGGAUAAAACAGACAGUAUGAAUGUUAUCCACAUGCUGGAAAGCUUCACCUUUAGGAACCACAUCUGUAUGACCUUCGAGCUCUUGAGUGUGAACCUGUAUGAGCUGAUUAAGAGGAAUAAGUUUCAGGGCUUUGGUCUCCAGCUGGUGCGGAAGUUUGCUUACUCCAUCCUGCAGUGUUUGGCUGCUCUUUACAGGAACAGAAUCAUCCACUGUGACUUGAAGCCAGAAAACAUCCUCCUGAAACAGUACGGGAGGAGUGGAAUCAAGGUUAUAGAUUUUGGGUCCAGCUGUUUUGAGCACCAAAGAGUCUACACGUACAUCCAGUCUCGAUUCUAUCGGGCGCCAGAGGUGAUCCUGGGAAGCCGCUACGGCCUGCCCAUAGACAUGUGGAGUUUUGGCUGCAUCCUGGUGGAGCUUUUGACUGGAUACCCUCUUUUUCCUGGAGAGGAUGAGGCGGACCAGCUGGCCUGUAUGAUGGAACUUCUCGGAAUGCCACCCCAGAAGCUCUUGGAUCAGUCCAAGCGAGCCAAGAACUUCAUCAACUCCAAGGGUCACCCUCGUUACUGCACCGUGACGACGCACGCGGACGGCAAAGUGACCCUGAACGGGAGCCGCUCGCGCCGGGGGAAAGUCCGGGAAGCUCCGGGGAACAAGGACUGGGUGACAGCACUGAAGGGCUGCGAUGACCCCUUGUUUAUAGACUUCCUGAAGGAAUGCCUGAGCUGGGAUCCUGCGGCGCGCAUGACCCCGGGCCAAGCGCUGAGGCACCCUUGGAUUUGUAAACGAGUGCCCAAACCGCCCCCUGCGGACAGAACCACCGCCAGAAGGGUCCCUAGCUACACAAGUUCUUUCCAAGGGACGGGUUCCAGGCUGCCUUCCGUGGUUGGAGGAGCCAGCAAGCUGAGGGCUAAUUUGGGAUCUGACUCUGGUAGCAAUAUUCCUCUCUGUUCCGUGCUCCCCAAACUGGUCAGCUAGUGGGGAGUGCUGGAAUCCCGGAAUACACCCCUCGUGUCCUGCCUGUCCGUUCACGAUGUGCAAGGAAAUUAAAUGCAGAGGUUUUUUUUUUAAUGGAGUUACUUUUUAUUAGAGGCUACGUCCUGAACUUUCAAAGAUCAGUCAAAAUGUUCACAUUUAAAGGGCUAACUUUUGUCCAGUUGCUUCACUCACACUGUGGGGGAUAUUCCAUUUCUGGGGAGGUCAGCUCAGCUGGUGGGUGCAAGGACACCGUGGCAGAUGUGCUGUUUAAAAAUGUUGUUUUAGAAAUCAAACUAUUUCUUAUCAUGGUUUAACAGACUCUCUUGCUUAAGACAGAAAGGGAACUUGAUUUGAAAUAUUUUCAGUUAUCUUCAACUGAACUCUUUUUAUUCCAGAGAAAGUUUUUACAUCUCUUGUCAAAAGCACAAGUGCGUUAAUGCAAUGCAUUGGGAACUUGCAAAUGGCUUAAGUUUUAAGGGUUUUAUUUCUCUGCACUGCUUUUCCCUUAUCUAUCCUGAGAUUUUAAAAAACUGCCAUGGGAUGUAGAUACCAAAAAAGGAAUUUGUGGUUGGAAAAGAAAACACUUGGAUGAUAAAAUUUCAAAGGAGCGUAGAAAUGCCACGAAACACAAGAAAUAGCUAAAUAAAACUAUGAAUUUCUGUAACACUUGCUGUUUCCCAUAAAAGUGUGUGGAAAUUGUAGGGGAAUUCGAGAUCAGGGCUGGUCCAUCACAAGAAUUCCAGAUUAGGCCUGGUCCCUCCCAAGUGUGAGCCAGUUUGUUCAGGGCUAAUGAUGCAAUUAUGUUUCUUUGGAGCUCAGAUUUCAUUCAUCAGUUCUGCCAGGUGUGUGUCUUUUGUUUUUCCAGUGUUGUUCCUAAAACAAAAAUGUUGAACUUUUAAGAGCUGGUUUAUAUAUAGAUGUUUGAAAUUUUGGUCAUUUAAAAAAAAAUUAUCUUUUUGUGUAGAGUGAAUUCCAUUGAAUUACGUGAAGCUCUUUUAAUAAAAUGCAAACGUGCCACUCCUGUCAGACAAGUAAAAGUUUUUAAGGCCUGGGAUUGUGACUAGAAAAUGAGGGGGUGGGGGAAAACACAUGUAAUAUUUGGAAGUGUGCUCUGAAAUCUAAAAAAAAAAAAUCUGUGAAAACAUAACACAGGAAAGACUGAGAAGGUGCAAGAACUGGUGGAUCCAAAGGAAAAGAUUUUAUGGGAAGAGCUGCUUUAGUUUUAAUUGCAUUCCUUCAGGCCUUUGGGUGCCUACAUUUUCUCAUUCUUGAAAUCCACGAGCUUGUAUUUCUUCUUCCUUUAUCUUCCAAGAACAUGACAGGGUGGUGUGACCUGUCAUGACAACAGCACAGCUUGUUGGGGUGGUUCAUUCUUGCAGCCUCAUGGCCUGAGUCCAUCACCAAAAUCAUCUGAUCCCUUGCCAGGUGUCUGAACACAAUUUUACAUGCAGUUCAGAGCUUUUAUGAAGGGGAGGUUUUGAACUGAAUGAGUUUCUCUGUAGCAGGUUUUGAAUGUUAAAACGAGGAGGCUCUCAGGAUGCAGUCACAGGGGUGGCCAGGGUGAUUUUUAAGAUCAGGUGGGCACAUGUUGAAGAGGAGACGCUCCCUCUCUGAGGAGAUGGGGCUGCAUUCUGUCCUCUCUGGGGUUAAUUUAGCACUGGGGAAAUGCUGGGUGGAGGCCUUUAGGAAAAGGCAAAAAGACAGAGGCAAAGCUCCAAACUUCCCAGGACUUCAAACUGAGGUUCCCAGGAGCUUAAACUGAGGUUGUCGUGUACGUAGCUUUUCUGAGUUGUUUUGUUUUCCAAGUGUCAAUUCAAUAAGCUUAGUAAUAAUAUUAAAAUAACAGUCUAGCUUUUCUCUGUGCAGCUACCAGCAUGUAUGGCAUGUUCAUGGGUCACUUCAUCAUAACACAUUGGCUGGUAUUUUUUAUUUUGCUUGGCUGAGUGAAGUUUUAUUUGAAUGGAGAACCAGGGAACUGCAUUUUGUGGGGAAGUGGCAGAAGACAGCAGCGAUUUUUAGUAGAAUCUCUAAUGGAUUUGGCACAUUUUCAGAAGCCUGAAAUAUUCUUCCUCCUCUGCCCUUUUCAUUUUUUUUUUUUUUUAACAAAAUGUACCUGGUGGGUGAGGGGAAAUGAACCUUUCAGGAGCAAUAGCUUGAUAGGAAGGAUGCCUAAAAGCAGUUUAUACAGAGACCAUAAAGGGAUGGAGCCUGGCAAAAGGAGCAGGGUGUUGGUGUGCUAGGAGCUGUACAAACAGGUCUCUUGGGAACACACAGCAGUGUCCUGGUUCUAAACCAUUUUGUCUAUAAAAUGCCACGUGCAGAAUAAGAAUUCUCCUGUGACUUUUGGGAAGAAGUGACUCUGAGGUAACUCCUGAGGUGGCAGCUCUGGUGCUCACACAGUAAUCUCGCUUAAGGCUGGUGCUGGAAAGCUGCAGAUAAAGUAAUUAGCUGGCAAAAACAUGGCUUUUUAUCUAGAAAUGGUGCUCAGCAUGCCCUGACUGCACGAGGUGCCUGUUGUGGGUUGUGUUUAAGGCUGAAUCUACUUACUUGGGACUACUAUAUUUGGAAAUCAAACACAUGGUUAAGUGUCUUGCUGGUUUUGGGGCUCUUGUCUCUACAGAUGAGAAGGAAAAGGAAGCAGCCUCAGCAGAUAUUUGCUGGAUUGGAGAGGACUUUUCCCUAACCCAGGGAACAUAGCUGAGAACACUGGGGUGUUGUUUCCAAUUCCUAAUCCCCACUUUCUUUGUAAAGCAGUUGCUUUCACUGAAUUGAGUGACACAGCAUUCCCAAACUGGGAGAGCCCUCCAGGUGAGCUGAUAAUCAGGGAGAGAGGUGAGGAAUUGUCCCUGUGAUGCUGGACUUGCUGAAUUCCCUGUGAAUUGGUGGAGGGUGGGACCACAGUCUGUGUCACUGGACUGUCAUUUAUCAAGGGUGCUCAUGGUCACAGUGUCUGUGUUCACCAGAUAUGGCCAAGCCUCAAAGUCACACUUGUUUUUUGGAGAGCUAAACAUUGGGGAGGUCUAAAAUCACCAGUGUCCAUCAUUUUCAUGAGUUGUGCCACUGCUGAGCGUGUUUAAAGUAACCCAAAAUUAAACUUGUCUAAAUGGAUUAAGAGAACAUUGAUUAUUUUUGUGGUAGCUUUGCUUUGCAGGCUUGUUGAUCCUCCAGCACUGGAAUUUCAGUCAUGUUCUUCUUGGAAGUUAGCACAAAACAUGCAGAUUGCCUGAGUUUAUAGCAAAACAGGCAUUGCAUUUCUAAAAGUCACCCAAAUUUGUUGUCAGAUGUUCCUUACAAUGUUUUACUGCCCCAUGAGCCUCUGUGGUGUGAAUAACAUGCUGUUUGUUGCCUGCAGUUUUAGCUGUUGGGCUUAGGAAUAUUUUUAUAUAAAAGAGGGACAGGGCAUGAGCAUCACAAAUGACAGAUACACAGGGUCCAAAUAGUACCUGCCUGUCCACGUGGCAGGGAGAGGCCUGUUUUUAUUGGAAUUCAGUGGGACAGUGAGGAAUUCUUCCUGUGGAACACCCACCCAGGCUGGUUUAGUUCUUUGCAGGCUUGGUCUCAGUCACAGCAGCUGCUCAAUGUGGGGUUUGUUUGACAGCAGUGACCCGAUUCUUGACAUCUUGUGUGUACAACAGGCACUCCUCACUAGUGGUUUUUAUCCUUCCCAGCCAGCUUGAAUGGGAAUCCUGGUUGUCCAGGGACCUAAAAAUUCACAGCAGACUAAUUGGAAAGAUUUAAAUGUGACUUUUGUGAAAGGGUGAGUGUGUUGCUUACAAUCUUUUUGCCUGUUGGGAUUUAAUGCAGCUGAAAACUUCUUAAGCAGCAGUUUAGCAGCAGAGAUUCUUUGCAAUGAUCAGCCUCUUUAAAAAACUACCUCUGAAACAAACCCAGGGUCCUUUUUAAAGGGUUGUUCAGUGCAGUUUUUUUUUUCUUGUUUAAUACUAAUAGCUGUUCUGGCUGUGAAACCUAUACAUGAUGAUCUCAGCAAUGUCUUGCUAAUCCCAGGCACACAAGCAAAAGGCUGAUGCUGCACCCAGAGAUCUCUGCUGAAAUGAUUGAUACAAAUCCCCUGCCUGCCAAAGUUUAAUGCCCUUGUGGAAGGGGAGAGCCAAAAUAAUAUGGAAAGAUCCGUGGAACUUGUGUGCAGCACCCAGCUGGGGUUCACAACAAACUGGGCUCAGAGACUUCAACAAAAAAAAAAGUGGGAUUUGCGUGUGUUGAGCACUCAGAGCUGUGGGUACCUGGCAGUUUGGGAAAUUGGACAUUGUGUUUUUAUGUUGAUGCUUCACAGAGUCAUAGGAUCAUUUGGGUUGGAGAAGAUCUCCAAGGUCAUCGAGUCCACCCUGUGACUGAUCCCCAGGGCACUGAGUGCCACGACCAGGCCUUCCUUGGACACCUCCAGGGGUGGGGACUCCAGCACCUUCCUGGGCAGCCCCUUCCAAUGCCUGACUGCCCUUUCCAGGAAGAAAUUCCUCCUGAUGUCCCACCUGACCCUCCCCUGGCACAGCCUGAGGCUGUUCCCUCUCCUCCUGUCCCUGUUCCCUGGGAGCAGAGCCCGACCCCCAACAGCUUCCCCCUCCUGUCAGGGAGUUGUGAGAGCCAGAAGGUCACAAACACCACCUGAUUAACAUUUCUUCAUUAAUUUAACAAAGGUUUUGGGAAAUGUAUACACUUCCUACAUCCCACUAGAGAGCCCUGAUGUUCUGAGAUGCCACUCAUUGGUCCCUCCCAGUUCUGUAACCCCCAAUGUCCCGUGUGACAUCCGUGGCUCCCCAGAGCAGCCGUGGGGAGGUGAACAUUGUCCUGGACUCACAGGGAGCAGUGACUUUAAUCCAAAUAAAUCCUUGCAGAGGGGCUCAGUGGGUCAGGCAGUUUGUGUUGUACAAGAGACCCCUACACACAGCACUGUGCCUUAGCAUUUUAGCAGCCAACAUCUGUCCCGGUGCAAUCAAAUGACCAUCCGGGGUUUCUUACACAGUGCAGAUGUUCGUACUAAAUGUCUGCAGAAUUCACAGGUUAGCCUUUUUAUUACAAGUACCGUGAUGAGGUGUAAUAUGGUGGGGAAUGUUGGAAAGCAUUGAAGGUGCAUGUGAGUAUGACUCGCUGUGAAGGAGCAUUUUGGAAGUCAGUCAGUCAGUCUCAAGUUAUGUAUCUAAAUGUAACGAGCAGAGAUUUCCUAAAGUUGUAUUUCGGGUCGUUUUUAAAAGAAAAUAAAUACCUAAUUUGCUUCAGCAAUAGAGUGUGCAAAUUCCUAAAAGUCCUUGAUUAAAAAGAGGGGGGGAAAAAAAAAGGUACUAAUUAUUUCCAGCUGGUGGAACUUACCUUGUGCUGCCAGAUGCCACCUCCUGUGGCAUCUGGACUAGAGAGAGGAGAGAAAAUUUUCACUCUGUGAGCAGAUGCUUUCAGUGUGUCUGUGCUAAACGUGACGAGUGCCCCGGUCUGACAAAUGUUCCUCUCGUUAACAGGGCUGUAAUUAGAACACACCAGAGUUUUGCCAUGACAUUCCUCAGUUGUCACUUUCUUAUUCAGCCCACUGGAGAGCUUUUUAAAGCCCAGAAUCCUGCUUAUCCCCAGGCUGAAAGGAGAAAUCCAGUAAUAGCCACUUAGGGAAGAUUUGCUUUUAUUAGAAACCUAUAAAUGGGUAACCUACUGUACACAAGUGGAUAUUGGGAUGGUUUGAAGAUGAAAUCAUGCUGCAGUAAAAGGUCUGGAGCUACGACCUGUGUGAUUAAACGAUGUGUGUUACACACAGGGAGUUUGCAGACAGCACAGAGUGAUUUUUUUUUCCCCCUUGCUUUCAUGUGGGUGAAUGGAAAACAUCUGAUUUUUAAAAAGUUUGCAACCUGAAAACA